AUGCGGCGCUGGAAGAAGCUCGAUCUCGCCCUUAUAGGUGUAUGUCUAUUAGCGAUUUUGGUGAGAGAGGGUGAGGCGGCGGCUGCCUGUAAGGGAUGCGCUCCUCCUUGUGUAUGCCCUGGACAAAAAGGAGAACGGGGUCUUCCCGGUUUUGCUGGUCCAGAAGGUCAUCCAGGCUCUCCAGGAGAAGAUGGAUCUGAAGGAAUGAUUGGAGCACCCGGAAUGAUGGGAGCUGAAGGAGAUUUCGGAGACAUGGGACCAAAAGGUCCUCGAGGAGAUCGCGGUUUACCAGGAGCUCCCGGUCAUCCCGGACUUCCUGGAUUGGAUGGAUUCCGAGGCUUGAAAGGAGAAGAAGGAAUCCCUGGAUGCAAUGGAACGGAUGGUACGCCUGGAAGACCUGGAUUGCCUGGAUAUCCAGGUCAACCGGGAGAACAAGGGCGAUCUGGAAUUCCUGGUGAGAGAGGUCAACCUGGAGAUGGAGGCAUCAAUUCUGAUGGAAGGAAGGGAGAAAGGGGUAACCCGGGACACCCUGGAACACCUGGAACACACGGAUCACCUGGACACCCUGGAGCUAAAGGAGGCAAAGGAGACCAAGGACCGUGGGGUUUACCUGGUUUCCCAGGACCACUUGGAGAAAAAGGACGAAUGGGAUUGAGAACACCUGGAAUGAAAGGAGAAAAAAGGUCUUCCGGACCACCAGGACCUCCUGGACAAUCUGGUGUUUGGCCUGAGAUCAAACAACCGCCAGAGAUCGAGAUUUUGCAAGGUCCACAAGGAAUGCCAGGAACCAAAGGAGAGAAGGGAAGAAAUGGACCUGUCGGACAACCUGGAUUCCCUGGAAGAGAGGGUGAACCCGGUUAUGCAGGGCUUAAAGGAGACAAAGGAGAUCAUGGAGAUUUUGGAGAAAGAGGAAAAAGAGGAAAAGAUGGAAACAUGGGACUUCAUGGUGAAAAGGGAUCGGGUGGAGAACAAGGAUUGAACGGUUUACCUGGGAUUCCUGGUCACAAAGGAGAAGCAGGCGAGCCUGGAUAUGAUGGACGACAGGGAGAGGAAGGAGAAUGCGGACCAGAAGGACCAAUUGGAAAAGGCACGGGUGAAGCGGGACCUCGAGGACCUCAAGGAAUCGAUGGAGUGCCUGGAGAAGCUGGAGAACCUGGAAGAUCUGGACUACCAGGUUCUGUUGGAUGGAGAGGACCGGUUGGAUAUCCAGGAUCCCCUGGAGCACCUGGAAUUUCCGGACUUCCUGGAUUCAGCGAAAAGGGAGACCGUGGGUCAGAUGGAUAUCCCGGAUUUGUUGGCUCACCUGGUAUCCCUGGAGAAGAUGGAGAUUGUGGCCUUCCCGGCGAAGACGGCCCACCUGGUUUUGAUAUUCAGGGACCACCCGGUGCUGAUGGUUUGUCUGGUCGUGAUGGUUAUCCUGGAAUUCCUGGAACAGUCGGAGAUCCUGGUUUCUCUGGAGAAAAAGGAUUUCCCGGUACAGGAGUGAACAAAGUCGGCCCAGCUGGUUUGCCAGGACUUCCUGGUGAUCCGGGACCAAAUGGUCGAAUUGGUAUUGACGGACCGCCUGGAUUUCCUGGAGUUUCUGGUGAAAAAGGAGAUGAUUGUGGAUACUGUCCUGACGGUCUUGCUGGUCUUCCUGGUGAUGUUGGAGCACCUGGCCUUGAUGGUUUCCCAGGACCACCAGGACCAUAUGGAGAUGAAGGAGAGUGCGGUGAACCUGGUUUGUCGGGUAAAGCUGGAGCUCCCGGUUCUGAUGGAUUGCCUGGACUCGAGGGACCUCCAGGAUUGCCUGGUUACGCUGGACCAAAGGGAGAAAUGGGAGAGAUUGUCGGUCCGAUUGAAAACCCGCCUGGCAUUCCUGGGCCAAAGGGAGAACGAGGCCUACCAGGGUACCCAGGAUCGGAUGGAAGUUCUGGAUUGGGAGGUCCUUCUGGUCCUCCUGGUCCUCCUGGCUUGCCUGGAAAUCCUGGUGAACAGGGUCUUGUCGGAAUUGAAGGAAAGAAGGGACGCGAUGGAGCUCUUGGCUUCCCUGGAGCACCUGGACUGCCUGGAGAUAACUUCCCUGGGUUGCCCGGCACACCUGGAUUGAAAGGCAAAUUGAAAAAUAAAGCAAGACCAAGAGGUAUCGACGCACCUUGGCGUGAAGUCAAGCCCGGACCACCAGGACUACCUGGACAAGAUGGACGUCCAGGAGAAGAAGGCGAAUGUGGAGAUGAAGGACUGCCUGGAUUCCCUGGACAACCAGGUCAAGAUGGCUACCCUGGAGCCCCUGGAGAACGCGGUGGUGAUGGAAUGCCCGGUUUCCCCGGACUUCACGGAGAGCCAGGAUAUCGAGGACAGCAAGGAGAUGUGGGCUUAAAUGGAUUAGAUGGCGAGUGUCUCCCAGGUCAACGAGGAGAGCCUGGUUAUGGUUAUCCAGGACAAGCUGGAAUCCCUGGAGAACCAGGUGAAUGCGGCGAAGAUGGUUUCCCGGGGGUACCUGGAAGACAAGGACAACCAGGACAACCCGGUUUGCCAGGACAUCCGGGAGAGCGUGGGAUGGAUGGCCCUGCUGGACCUGAUGGACUUCCCGGAAUUCCUGGAGAAGUUGGACUUCCUGGAAUCCCUGGCAAACAAGGCCGGCUAGGAGCAAUUGGUUGCCCUGGUAAACCUGGUCUACCAGGUUAUAGAGGUGAAAGUGGACAAGCUGGUCAACCUGGAUAUGCUGGAGCACCGGGACUUCCUGGAGAGAAUGGAUUGCCUGGAGUACCUGGAAGAGAAGGAGCUCCCGGUGAACCUGGAAGACCUGGAGAAGAUGGAAGCAUUGGAUUCCCGGGACUUCACGGAGAGCCUGGCAUGCCUGGACUACCUGGAACCGAGGGAUAUCCUGGAGAAGAAGGCGAGUGUGGUGAAGAUGGACUUCCUGGAUUGUCUGGAGAACGUGGAGCUGAUGGCUUACCUGGAUUGCCUGGACGAGAUGGUUUGGAGGGAGAAGGUGGGCUGCCAGGAGAUGAUGGAUUGCCGGGAUUGCCCGGUCUUCCUGGAGAGCCUGGUAAUCUUGCUCGACCCGGAUUGCCUGGAGAUCUUGGACUACCUGGAAUGGAUGGCCUUCCUGGAGACGCUGGUCUUCCUGGUCUUGAAGGUGACUGCGGUCCUGAAGGAGAGCCUGGACAGUCAUACCCUGGACAACCUGGAUUGGCUGGUCCUGAGGGUGAGCCUGGAUAUGAUGGUGGAGAUGGACUUCCCGGAACUCCUGGCUAUCCAGGAAUCACCGGUCGACCGGGAGCUAAAGGAGAAAAUGGAGACAACGGACUUCCUGGAUACCGUGGAACCGAUGGACGGUCAGGAGAAGAAGGAGAAUGCGGCGAGCCUGGAGUCCCAGGUCAACCUGGUUACCCUGGACAAGCUGGAGCACCUGGACUCGCUGGAUACCCCGGAGAAGCCGGUUUCCCAGGUCUUCCUGGUGACAAUGGACUGCCUGGAAUUCCCGGACAAUCUGGACUUCCUGGCCUCAAGGGAGAAGCGGGAAGCGCUGGACUGCCUGGGUACCACGGCGCUCCUGGUUUGCUUGGAUAUCCGGGAGAGGCUGGACUGCCUGGAGCGGACGGACUUCCAGGAGAUGAUGGUAUCCCUGGUGUGCCUGGUGGGCCUGGAGAGGAGGGUGAAUGUGGAGAAGAAGGAGGCCCUGGAUAUCCCGGACAACCUGGAUUACCCGGACCCAUUGGUCCACCCGGAUGUAAUGGAUUGCCUGGAGCUCCUGGCAGAGAUUCUCCUGGAUCAUCAGGAUUGCCAGGAGAAGCCGGUCUUCCCGGCCGUGAUGGAUAUCCCGGAGCUCCAGGUCUUCCUGGAGAGCGCGGAGAUGAUGGACUGCCUGGAACACCUGGAUACCCAGGAAUGCAUGGAGAACCUGGUUUACCUGGAGGACCUGGCGAGAGAGGACUUGUCGGUCUUAAUGGAAAAGAUGGGAGGGAUGGACAACCUGGUGUUCCUGGAUUCCCAGGUCAAGAUGGCUUGCCCGGUGUAGAGGGAGAUUGUGGAGAUGAUGGUUUCCCUGGUCUUCCCGGUCUUGAAGGCACUCCUGGUUACCCUGGAAGUAGAGGAGAUGCUGGAUUGCCUGGAGCUCCUGGUUAUCGUGGAGACAACGGAGUGCCCGGACUAUCAGGAGCACCAGGAUUACAAGGAGCUCGAGGAGAUGAUGGACUUCCUGGAUUUGAUGGAAAAUCCGGAGUUCCCGGUCGCCCUGGAGUUCCUGGCCCUCCAGGAGCAUCUGAUAUGACACAACGAGGUCUCCCCGGUGCACCUGGAGAUGAUGGAUAUCCCGGAGAGAAGGGUUACCCGGGAGAGAAUGGAAAUAGAGGCUUGCCAGGACCAAACGGUGCAGCUGGUUUCCCUGGAUCGCUUGGAAUUCCGGGAAGCCCGGGAGUUUCUGGAGUUUCUGGAUACAAGGGAGAAAAUGGAGAUGCUGGUUUGGUCGGUGUUCUCGGUAGAGCCGGUCAUCCGGGACCUCCAGGACCUCCUGGUUUCCCUGGUGUGCCCGGACCAAUCGCUCCAAGCAGAGGAUUCACUUACACCAAGCACUCGCAAACCACUCAGGUGCCAACUUGUGCCGAUGGAACUCAACCACUUUGGACCGGAUAUUCACUUCUCUAUGUACAAGGAAACGGACGUGCCUCAGGACAAGAUCUUGGUCAACCGGGAUCGUGUCUCUCGAAAUUCUCAACAAUGCCUUUCAUGUUCUGCAAUUUGAACAGUGUUUGUCAUGUCUCUUCGCGUUCCGAUUAUUCCUUCUGGCUUUCGACCGAAGAGCCGAUGACAGCCAUGAUGAACCCCGUAACCGGUUCUGCAAUCCGACCAUACAUCUCGCGAUGCGCUGUUUGCGAGAUUCCAACUCAAAUCAUGGCCGUUCAUUCGCAGGAUGUUUCUGUGCCAAGAUGUCCUCAAGGAUGGAGUCCUCUCUGGCAAGGAUAUUCGUUUGUCAUGCACACUGCCGCUGGUGGUGAGGGUACAGGGCAAUCACUCCAAUCGCCUGGCUCAUGUCUCGAGGAGUUCCGUGCAGUGCCUUUCAUUGAGUGUCAGGGACGAGGCACAUGUAACUACUACGCAACAAAUCACGGCUUUUGGUUGGCCAUUGUGGAUCGAAAUCAACAAUUCCGCAAACCAAUGUCACAAACAUUAAAGGCUGGUGGUUUGAAAGAUCGAGUGUCGAGAUGCCAGGUUUGUCAAAAGGAUGGCCCUCGUCGU